AUGGAAGGUCGUCGCGCCCGAACAAGAAGCAGCUCUAGCGCUUCAAGUCUGUUCUUCCCCGCACCGAAAGUACCUCCUCAAAAGGGUAAUUUCGUAAUGACCUUUUUCUCGUGUCCUGUUGGCAAUGUCGAGCAAGCGUCGUCUUCAACGCACUCAGCGCGCCCCAGAGCCACAACAAUCGUGGACAAUACAUACAAGAUGAAGCCUGAGAAACGAUUCAGCGCUGAAGAGGUUCGAAGCAUCAUUGUUCAGCAUCUACAGUCGCUAGAGUCGCAAACGUACGAGGCGAAGAGAUGCAGAGAGCUCGCUAAAGGUAUGUCUAACUCAAUCAUGAGCGACUUGAAACAGCUUGGCUACGCUCGGUUUAAAUUCGUGUGUUCCGUGACGAUUGGACAAGUAAAAGGGCAAGAUGUGAGAAUUUCCAGCCGUUCCAUCUGGGACACUGACUGUGAUACGUUUGUGUCAGAGAGCUACCAUAACGACUCUGUAUUUGCUGUCUGUGUUGUGUUCGGAGUUUAUCAAGAGUAG